GGCAAGUCAUAACUUCGAAUACAAUCAUAACAUUGUAUACAGAAUCAAAAUCUGUAGCAGCAGCUGCAGCAUCAAAAUCAUGGAGCAACGAAUCAUAGCCAUUGUAUUCUGUUUCCUGCUGUUACAAUUUUCACCCACACACUCCAAUACGGUCUGCAUAAUUGGUAGUGGAAUCGGCGGCGCUUCCGUGGCGCAUUUCCUCCGCCAAUACUCCGCCGCCUACCACCCGUCCCCGUCCCCAAUUGCUCAAAUCAACAUGUUCGAGCGAAAAGGCGUCGUUGGUGGACGCAUGGCCACCGUGACAAUAGCCGGUGAGACCUUCGAGGCCGGUGCCUCCAUACUGCAUCCCAAGAAUUACCACGCCGUGAACUACACCAAAUAUCUUGACCUUCAAUUGAAAAAGCCGAAGUCGAGUGACGAUUCUCUCUCUUUGGGUCUCUGGGAUGGCCAUAAAUUUGUCUAUAAAACAUUCAACUCGAAGUCAAAGCUACCAAUUGUUCAACGCUUGGUGUCACUUGCAAAUUCUAUUAUGAUGUUUCUGCGAUACGGAUUUUCCCUCUUUCGUAUGAGUAGCUUCGUCGAGGUGGCAGUGAAUAACUUUUUGAGGUAUUAUGAAGGUUUUAAUUCCCGUCCUGUGUUUGAGAGUGUGGAGGAGAUGCUUAAAUGGGCAGGACUGUACGAUCUGACAACACAGACGCUUGGAGAGGAAUUAGUCAAAGCAGGGUUGUCUCCUCUACUCAUUCAAGAGCUUGUCACUGUUAUAACAAGGAUAAAUUAUGGUCAAAGUGUUAACAUCAGCGGAUUUGCUGGUGCAGUUUCCUUGGCUGGAUCUGGAGGCGGUUUAUGGUCAAUUGAAGGAGGGAACUGGCAGUUGGCUGCUGGAUUGAUUAACAGAUCUGAUGUUUUAUUGCACCUUCAUGAAGAAAUAGAAUCUGUCUCUUAUCUAGGAGAUGUUUAUGUGCUCAACUCCACCCAAGGGAAGAGUUACAACUGUGGAGUUACAGUGGUAGCAACACCCCUAGAUGAGCUGAAUAUUGAUUUCAAUCCUAGAAUUUCAAUUCCUCCAAGGAAAUUACAGCACACACAUGCAACUUUCGUUAGGGGUCUCUUAAAUCCUGCAUAUUUUGGUCUGAACUCGCUUUCGGAUAUCCCAGACUUGGUAGGCACUAAAGAGUCUCAUGAUGUACCAUUCUCGAGCAUCAGUAUUCUGAAGAAACAUGAGAAUGAUAUGACUUACAAGGUAUUCUCUCGUGAGACAAUGACAGAUGCGUUGCUGGAUAACGUUUUCAGUACAAGAAAAGAGACAAUGAAAAUCAACUGGGCUGCUUAUCCUCAUUAUCACGCUCCUGAGAAAUUUGCUCCCUUUAUUUUAGAUAAUCAGCAUUUGUACUAUGUGAAUGCGUUUGAGAAUGCAGCCAGCACAAUGGAAACAAGUGCUGUUGCGGCUGAGAAUAUAGCCCGGCUUAUUCUCUCGAGAUUAUCCCAGGGAGUGGGCUUGAGUUCAUUAGACUUGAAGAGGGUUGGCAGAGAUCCAUCUGAAUUGCACACAGAGUUGUAAUUUCCAAUGUAACUUGUGCGAGUUUCUGGUGUCCUGACUGCGCCAGGGAGCCGAACUGGGAACUUGUAUAUACAAUUAAUUGUCAUGCUUGUGCACGCCUGCGUAUAUGGGAAUAAAUGCUGUAGAACAUUUUGUCGAAAACAUAUUUGGAGUUGAUGAGCUCAUUUUGUAAGUUAUUUCAAUCCAUCCGUGACUUGAUUUGGGAAACUGCCCCUUGAACCGAUCAUGAUUUGUUGUAUCAAUCUAGUGGUCUUUUUUUUGGAGCUCUUAGGCAUUCCACUACCUAUUUCUGUGAAAUUGCGAGUUAUUAUAGCAGUUUUAUCAUCUUGAUGAAA